AUGAUGGAUUUAGAUAAGAUUAUAGCAUCACUGAGAGACGGGAAGCAUAUUCCUGAAGAAACUGUUUUUAGACUAUGUUUAAAUUCACAGGAAUUAUUAAUGAAUGAAGGCAACGUAACACAAGUCGAUACACCAGUUACAAUAUGCGGUGAUAUACAUGGUCAAUUACACGAUCUGCUAACGCUCUUCGAAAAGAGUGGCGGUGUAGAGAAAACAAGGUAUAUUUUUUUGGGGGAUUUUGUAGAUAGAGGGUUUUAUUCAUUGGAAAGUUUUUUGCUUUUAUUAUGCUACAAGUUGAGAUAUCCCGAUAGAAUUACUUUGAUUAGAGGUAACCACGAAACUCGCCAAAUAACUAAAGUAUACGGAUUUUACGAUGAAGUGGUAAGAAAAUACGGUAACAGUAACGUAUGGAGAUACUGUUGUGAAGUCUUCGAUUAUUUAUCACUGGGGGCAAUAAUAAACAAUAGCAUAUUUUGUGUUCAUGGUGGAUUAUCUCCAGAUAUGACUACGGUCGAUGAAAUACGAACGAUUGACAGGAAACAAGAAGUUCCACACGAAGGUGCUAUGUGUGACUUAUUAUGGAGUGACCCUGAAGACGUUGACACAUGGUCAUUAUCACCAAGGGGUGCUGGGUUUCUUUUCGGUAAAAGAGAAGUUGAUCAAUUUUUAGAGAAAAACAACGUCCAGUUAAUUGCGAGGGCCCAUCAACUAGUGAUGGAAGGCUAUAAAGAAAUGUUCGAUGGUGGAUUAGUGACAGUUUGGUCGGCACCGAAUUACUGUUACCGGUGUGGUAACGUGGCAGCAGUAUUGAAAAUAGACGAUGACUUGAACCGUGAAUAUACAAUUUUUGAGGCUGUUCAAGCACAAAAUGAAGUCGGAAAUGCUAUAAUUCCAACCAAAAAAUCCCAAAUGGACUAUUUCUUAUAA